UGCCGCAGAAACACGACAAGAUGAUGAAGCGGCUACUUAUUUGUAUUUUUGCUAUAUUCUGCUUUAUUCCUAGGAGUACUGGGAGAAAAGGAUUCGGUCCUGGAGAACAAGAAUGGGGCUAUGUUGAAGUACGUCCCAAUGCUCAUAUGUUUUGGUGGCUUUAUUAUACUACAGCAGACGUUAAAUCAUAUUACGAUAAACCGCUAAUAAUUUGGUUACAAGGUGGACCAGGAGGAUCUUCGACCGCAUAUGGAAAUUUCGAAGAACUAGGACCUCUCGAUCUAAAUUUAAAUCCAAGGAAUUACACUUGGAUCAAAAGUUACAAUGUACUCUUCAUCGAUAACCCUGUUGGCACUGGCUUUAGUUACGUUAAUGAUCAAACGGUAUACACGACGACAAAUGCUCAGAUUGCUCGCGAUCUUAUAGAAUGUAUUCGAGGAUUUUACAAACAAUUACCGAGAUUUAAGUUUGUCCCAACAUAUAUCAUUUCUGAAUCGUAUGGUGGAAAAAUGGGAGCGGAGUUUGCAUUAGUCUGGGCUCGAGCUCAAAAAGUUGGUAAUAUUAAAAGUAAUCUAAAAGGGGUCGUACUUGGAGGUGCUUGGAUUUCUCCUAUCGACUCUGUAACGACAUUGGCGCCAUUUUUAUGCAACGUGGGUAUGAUGGAUUUGCAAAUUUUUAAAAAUAUUACUUCUGUGGCAAAACUUACAAAAGCUAAAGUUAAAUCUGGCGAGUGGGAAAUGGCAACUAAAUUGUGGUCUUAUAUUCAAAAAAUCAUUGCAAUAAAAACUUACGUUAACUUUUACAAUAUUGUGGAAGAAAAGAAAUAUGGGGAUUAUUCGCAUCUUUUACCACAAAGCCAAUCAUCCUUUAAUAGAGAUUUAUCUAAACAUCGUAUUCAAAAUCGGGGUAAAUUACUUUAUACUUUAAUGAAUGGCCAAGUAAGAGAGGCACUCGGUCUUAAUGUCAUUCAUGGCCAUAAUGAAAAAAUUUUCUACUAUUUAAGAGAAGAUUUUAUGAAACCCGUUACUAAUAUAGUGGAAUUAUUACUCAAUGAAACCAACUUGAAAGUAUUUGUGUACAAUGGAAAUUUGGAUGCAGUUGUCACCACAAAAAGCACCUAUACUUGGAUCGAAAAACUAAAAUGGAAAAAAGCUGACACCUGGAAAUAUGAUUCGAUUAAGGUACCGCUUGUCGUUGAAGGUAUCAUCGAGGGCUAUGUCAAAGCUACAGAUAAUUUCGCAAUGUAUUUGGUCUACAGAGCCGGACACCAUGUUCCAAAAGACAAUCCUGCAGCUAUGGCGCUAAUACUACAGGAUCUAAUAAAGGAGUGAACAAAAAACCAAACUAGUUUUUAAUUUUUAAAAAACUAAAUGUGUAUUAUAUUUACGGGACGUUACACUCAAAUUACUGAUAAAAUUUUUCAUCUAUUUUUUUUACUUUUAAGAAAAAGAAGCAAACAAUCAAAAUAAUCAUAAAUAUUAAAAUUAGUAGAAAAUAAU